UCCCCACCAUUAGUUGCACAUACGGGGUGAUUUUUUACGUCUAUCCUCUUAAAGACCCACAGAUGUAAGCAAUUAGGCCAAUUAACGAAACACCUGAUCGGAAUUGCAGUUCAGUGAAUAACUUUUCAUGUGAAACUGAAUUGGAUUAGGAGUUGUUCUGAAACGUAGACCAUGACUUCAAAGCGAACGAGAAAAGUGAGUGCCGAAGGGCAUUUCAUGGAGCAAAUGAGCGAGAUGCGUCAAAAGAAAGCGGCUCUUUUUAUCCAACAGUUCGAGAAAGAUGCGCAAGACCGCAUCAACGAGAUGGUGUCUAAAAUGGAGCAAAAUCUUGCCACGGUAGAUCGUGUGUUCAAAGUGGAACUAAUGAAAAUGCCACCUGCCCUCCAGAAUACAUUAAUCAAAGAUUUGAUAAAUGCAGGUGGUUUGUCAGCUGGAGACGUAACGAUUGCUGUUAAGAACGAGUCUCCUGAAAUGGAUCAGCCACUCACAAGGAAGCACAGCGGCAAAAAAGUUAAAGUCACCGAUGGUGCACCCAAACGGAUCACAGGAUCUCAGACAAGGAAAACGUUAGAAGCAGCCAAGAAGGCAACCAACAAAACAAGAUCUCUUGUUACAAGUUCAAGCGCAGGAAGCUUAAGGUGUGCCUCUACCUCAACUUGUAAGAGAGCAGUGUCUCGUAUCGCCAAAACCAGUGACCAGAGUGCACUGAGUAGUAAACAAAGAGCGGUGCUGCUGUCGAGCGGUAAUGACCGCAUGUCCUGUUUCGCGGCAGGGUCUGCACCAUACGUCACCAUAUCUACCUCUCUUGGGGAGACAGUUUGUCUUUCUGAAGAGACCAAGGACGAGAUUGACGUGAGGCAAAUGGAUGAAAUGGCUGUUCUUCAGAUGCAAAGGCUGAUGAAACUGAUGGUGUACCUAGCCAACAAGUUUAAACUGAACAGUCUUUAACUGGGGUGAUUCACCCCUGCAAUCCAUCUACGUACCGGUUUUACUGUAACUUGAUUUAAAUAAAGAUCUUCUUAAUAUUAUGCAAGUGCUGGUCUAUUUAGCUUUAGUGGUCAUUGGUCUAUUGGGGGGCUGGAAUAAUGCUGUGAUCUUGUUUAUUAACCCUGGCCAGCUUAAUCAGGGUCUUCCUUCACAUGCAGCACCAUGACAACAGUAUAUUAGAUUAACUGCAGUGUCUUUCACCUGGUAUGGAC